AAGGAAUUACGUUUGUAAUACACCGCACACAAGUGGCAGGAACACACAAGUCCAUUUGUUGAAAACAGUAGAACACACUAGCUACCUUUACCUUGAAAUUCACAGAAUUGUAGCCAGAUAUUAACAAGCUUAUAUCCAUUUUCAUUUACCAACACAUCCUGUGUGGUUUUAGACAUCUGUGUCUCAGUAAAUUUUGACUAUUUUUGGACUUCCUUUUAGUUUUCUUUUGGUACCUUGUGCCAAAGAGACAUAUCCAAGGUUGAGAUUAGUUUCCAUUUUCUUUGUACUAUUUUCUGGAUAAUAAGACAUUAAACAUUUGAAGAGAUGGAGAAUGAAGAUGGGUAUAUGAUGCUGAGUUUCAAGAAUCGUUGUAAAUCGAAGCAGAAAUCUAAAGAUUUCUCCCUAUAUCCACAAUAUUAUUGUCUUCUGCUCAUAUUUGGAUGCAUUGGGAUCCUUAUUUUCAUUAUGACAGUGAUUGGCCUGAAGUUCUGGCAUAAAAAAAUGGAUUUCUCCCAGAAUGUAAACAUCAGCAAUCUAUCAGGACACAAUUAUUUGUGCCCAAAUGACUGGCUGUUGAACAAAGGGAAAUGUUACUGGUUUUCAACUUCUUUUAAAACGUGGAAAGAGAGUCAACAUGAUUGUACACAGCUACAGGCACAUUUACUGGUGAUUCAAAAUUUGGAUGAGCUGGAGUUCAUACAGAACAGUUUAAAACCUGGACAUUUUGGUUGGAUUGGACUAUAUGUUACAUUCCAAGGAAACCUAUGGAUGUGGAUAGAUGAACACUUUUUAGUUCCAGAAUUGUUUUCAGUGAUUGGACCAACUGAUGACAGGAGCUGUGCCGUUAUCACAGGAAAGCGGGUGUAUUCUGAAGACUGUAGCUCCACAUAUAAGGGCAUUUGCCAGAGAGAUGCGAUCUUGACGCACAAUAGAACCAGUGGUGUGUAAAUGUACAACAAAAUGUAGAAAUACUUUGCAUGUUAAAGCAG